UCCUCUUCCGGUGACUGCGGCACCAGAUAUAAAAAAUGGUCCAGCGCCUGACAUACCGUCGUAGGCUGUCCUACAAUACAGCUUCUAAUAAAACCCGUCUGUCUCGGACACCAGGAAACAGAAUUGUUUACCUGUACACCAAGAAAGUUGGCAAGGCCCCCAAAUCAGCAUGUGGCAUCUGCCCAGGAAGACUCCGUGGUAUCCGAGCAGUGAGACCUAAGGUGCUCAUGAGGCUGUCAAAGACAAAGAAACAUGUUAGCAGAGCAUAUGGCGGCUCCAUGUGCGCAAAAUGUGUUCGUGACAGGAUCAAGCGGGCAUUCUUAAUUGAGGAGCAGAAAAUUGUCAUAAAGGUGCUGAAGGCUCAAGCACAGAGCCAGAAGACAAAGUAACUUGUUUGUAUUGCUCACAUCAAAAUAAAAAUUUGUUGUAUCUUG